GUUACCACAUGGACACAUGGAUGAAUGUCUUACGGUUCCAUCAGGAGAGCAUGGAGAAGAACAGCGCAGGACAGUCCAUUAUGAAGGAGGAGCAGUGUCUAUUCAUGCUCGAUCUCUGUGGAGACUGGAAACACUGAGGGUUGCAUGGAGUGGAAGCCAUAUCAGAUGGGGCCAGCCGUUCAGACUGAGACAUGUUACAACUGGAAACUACUUAAGUCUCAUUGAUGACAAAGGUCUUCUUCUGAUGGGCAAGGAGAAAGCUGAUGUAAAAAGCACAGCUUUUUGUUUCAGACCAUCCAAGGAAAAACUGGAUGCAGGAAUACGAAAAGAAGUGGAUGGCAUGGGGUCUCCAGAGAUAAAAUAUGGUGAUUCUGUGUGCUUUAUCCAGCAUGUAGACACUGGAUUAUGGCUCACCUAUCAGUCUGUAGAUGCCAAGUCAGCUCGGAUGGGAACGGCUCAACGUAAAGCCAUAAUGCAUCACGAAGGUCAUAUGGAUGAUGGAUUGACUCUCUCACGCUCUCAGCAUGAGGAAUCGAGGACUGCGCGUGUGAUACGCAGCACUGUCUUUCUCUUCAACAGAUUUAUUAGUGGCCUCGAUGCUCUCAACAAACAAGGAAAGUCCACUGCUGUUGAUUUACCCAUUGAAUCAGUCAGCCUGAGUCUGCAGGAUCUGAUUGGCUACUUUCAGCCACCUGAUGAACAUCUGGAACAUGAAGAGAAACAGAACAGAUUGCGAGCAUUGAAGAACAGACAAAAUCUCUUCCAGGAAGAGGGAAUGAUUAACCUUGUUCUUGAGUGCAUUGAUCGUCUCAACAUGUAUAGCAGUGCGGCCCAUUUCACUGAUGUCGCUGGAAAGGAAGCAGGAGAGUCCUGGAGAGCAAUUCUAAACUCGCUCUAUGAACUACUAGCUGCCCUGAUCAGAGGAAAUCGCAAAAACUGUGCCCAGUUUUCUGGUUCUUUGGACUGGCUGAUUAGCAGACUGGAGAGAUUAGAAGCCUCAUCCGGAAUUCUGGAAGUUUUGCACUGUGUUCUUGUGGAAAGUCCUGAAGCUCUGAACAUUAUCAAAGAGGGGCAUAUUAAGUCCAUUAUUUCUUUGCUAGAUAAACAUGGAAGAAAUCACAAGGUUUUGGAUGUAUUAUGCUCUCUGUGUGUGUGCCAUGGAGUUGCUGUGCGAUCUAACCAGCAUCUAAUUUGUGACAACUUGCUACCUGGAAGAGACUUACUGCUGCAAACACAGCUCAUCAACCAUGUCAGCAGCAUGCGGCCCAAUAUCUUCCUCGGAAUCAGCGAUGGUGCAGCCCAGUACAAGAAGUGGUACUUUGAACUUAUCGUGGACCACGUUGACCCCUUUGUAACCACAGAAGCCACACAUCUUCGGGUUGGUUGGGCUUCAACAGAUGGCUACUCGCCCUGCCCUGGAGGGGGUGAAGGAUGGGGAGGAAAUGGUGUAGGUGAUGACCUCUACUCCUACGGAUUUGAUGGAUUGCACUUGUGGUCAGGCUGCAUUGCCCGGACAGUAAAUUCACCAAACCAGCACUUACUGAAGGAUGAUGAUGUUGUCAGCUGCUGUCUGGAUUUAAGCGCUCCAAGUAUUUCCUUUCGAAUUAAUGGACAACCAGUUCAGGGAAUGUUUGAAAAUUUCAACACCGAUGGGCUCUUCUUUCCAGUGGUCAGCUUCUCUACAGGAGUAAAAGUUCGGUUCUUGCUUGGCGGUCGCCAUGGGGAGUUUAAGUUCCUUCCCCCUCCUGGGUAUGCUCCGUGCUUUGAAGCCUUACUGCCAAAAGAAAAGAUGAGGGUGGAGCACACGUAUGAAUAUAAGCAGGACCACAAUGGCGUGCGUGACCUCCUGGGGCCUACCAUCUCACUUACGCAAGCCGCCUUUACGCCGAUGCCCGUGGAUACCACUCAGAUCGUACUUCCACCUCACCUAGACAGAGUACGAGAAAAGCUUGCAGAAAACAUCCAUGAGCUCUGGGUGAUGAACAAAAUUGAGUUGGGGUGGACUUAUGGACCGAUCCGGGAUGACAACAAACGACAGCACCCCUGCCUGGUAGAAUUCUCCAAGUUGCCGGAACAGGAACGGAAUUACAACUUGCAGAUGUCACUUGAAACCCUCAAAACCCUACUGGCUUUAGGCUGCCAUGUUGGUAUUGCUGAUGACCAGGCAGAAGAGAAGGUGAAAAAGUUAAAGCUUCCCAGAAACUACCAGCUGCCCAGUGGCUACAAGCCAGCUCCUAUGGAUUUGAGCCACAUCAAAUUAACCUCAACCCAGGAGGCCAUGGUGGAUAAGCUGGCAGAGAAUGCACACAAUGUUUGGGCCAGAGACCGCAUCAGGCAGGGUUGGACGUAUGGUAUUCAGCAGGAUGUCAAAAACAGAAGAAACCCCCGCCUGGUUCCCUAUACCCUGUUGGAUGAGCGCACGAAGAAGUCUAACAAAGAUAGCCUGCGUGAAGCAGUACGCACACUUCUUGGGUACGGAUAUAAUCUGGAGGCACCAGACCAAGAUCAUGCUGCACGAUCCGCUCAGUCAAACAACGCAGCUCAACGAUUUCGUAUAUUUCGUGCGGAGAAAACCUAUGCUGUGAAAAGUGGGAAGUGGUACUUUGAGUUUGAAGCGGUGACUGCAGGCGACAUGCGCAUUGGCUGGACCCGACCUGGCUGCCGCUCAGAUCAGGAGCUUGGGACCGAUGACCAAUCCUUCGUGUUCGAUGGUUUCAAGGCCCAGCGGUGGCACCAGGGUAAUGAACACUUCGGCCGCUCCUGGCAGGCAGGAGAUGUCGUUGGCUGCCUGGCUGACAUGAACGAGAACACCAUGACAUUCACUCUGAACGGGGAGGUCCUGCUGGAUGACUUGGGGUCUGAGCUUGCGUUCAAAGAUUUUGAAGCCAGUGAUGGGUUUAUUCCAGUGUGCAGCUUAGGGCUUUCUCAAGUUGGCAGAAUGAACUUCGGCAAUGACGUUGCUACGCUUAAGUAUUUCACCAUCUGUGGUCUGCAGGAAGGAUAUGAGCCCUUCGCAGUGAACAUGAACAGGGACAUCACGAUAUGGUUUAGCAAGAGGCAGCCUCAGUUCAUCUCUGUGCCUGCAAACCACGAACACAUCGAGGUGAUGAGAAUAGAUGGCACAGUCGAUAGCUCACCCUGCUUGAAAGUCAUACAAAGGUCUUUUGGCUCUCAGAACAGCAGCACAGACAUUGUGUUCUACCGACUGAGCAUGCCCAUUGAAUGUGCAGAGGUGUUCUCCAAAAUGCCCAUCGGUGGUCUGGCAAACACCAACAUACUCCCUCAGAAAAAUGAAAUCGAGGACUAUGACGCAGACUCUGAUUUUGAGGUUCUGAUGAAGACGGCACAUGGGCAUCUGGCUUCAACCACGUCAGAGAAAGAGAAAGAAAGUGCCAAGGCAGAAUUCAAUAACCAUAAGGACUACAAUCAGGAAAAACCUUCUCGCCUAAAGCAGAGAUUUAUGUUGAAGAGAACAAAACCUGAUUAUAACUUAACACACUCUUCAACACGACUCACAGAGGAGGUGUUAGCUGAUGAUAGGGACGAUUAUGACUUCCUCAUGCAGACAACAACAUAUUAUUAUUCUGUGAGAAUAUUUCCUGGUCAGGAACCAACCAAUGUUUGGGUUGGUUGGAUUACAUCAGAUUUUCAUCAGUACGACACUGCCUAUGAGCUGGAGAAAGUUCGUACCGUGACUGUCACUCUGGGAGAUGAGAAAGGGAAAGUUCAUGAAAGCAUUAAGCGAAGUAACUGCUACAUGGUGUGGGCAGGAGAAUGCACAAGCCCUGGGCAAGGACGCAAUAACAAUGGGCUGGAAAUAGGCUGCCUGGUGGAUACUGCUAGUGGCUUACUGACGUUCACAGCCAAUGGCAAGGAAUUAAAUACCUAUUAUCAGGUGGAAGCAAGCACAAAACUAUUUGCAGCAGUAUUUGCACAAGCCACCAGUCCUAAUGUUUUCCAGUUUGAACUGGGAAGGGUUAAGAACGUAAUGCCACUCUCGGCCGGGUUGUUCAAGAGCGAGUGCCGGAAUCCGAUACCGCAGUGUCCUCCCCGACUUCACGUCCAGUACCUGACCCCAGUGCUGUGGAGCAGAGUGCCUAAUGAAUUCCUGAAGGUGGACGUCAGUCGCGUUAGUGACCGCCAUGGCUGGCAGGUGCAAUGUACAGAACCCUUAAGAUUCAUGUCCUUACAUAUUCCCGAAGAGAACAGGGCUUUGGAUAUCUUGGAGCUCACAGAGCGUGAGGACCUGCUGAAAUUUCACUACCAUACCUUGCGUUUGUAUUCCGCAGUUUGUGCUCUGGGCAAUAACCGAGUGGCCCAUGCCCUUUGCAGCCACCUGGAUGAGUCACAAUUGCUGUACGCAAUAGAAAACAAAUAUGUCCCUGGCUUGCUGCGGACAGGUUACUAUGAUCUACUCAUUGACACUUACCUCAAUACCUAUGCCACGGCCAGGCUGAUGAUGAACAAUGAAUUCAUCGUCCCCAUGACAGAUGAAACCAAGAGUAUUACUUUGUUUCCUGAUGAUAACCGUAAUCACGCGGUCCCUGGAGUGGGCCUCAGCACCUCACUCAGACCCCGGAUGCAGUUUUCCUCAGCUAGUUUUGUCACUGUGACCGCGGAGUGCCUCCAAUACAGCCCGGAGUUUCCACUGGACAUCCUGAAGGCCAAGACGAUUGAAAUGUUGACAGAAGCCGUGCAGGAAGGCAGUCUCCAUGUGCGGGACCCUGUCGGUGGCAGCACGGAGUUCCUCUUUGUCCCCCUCAUCAAACUCUUCUACACACUCCUCAUUAUGGGUAUCUUCUGCAGCGAGGACUUGAAGCACGUGCUGCAGCUGAUCGAGCCCGAUGUGUUCUCCGAGGAGACCGAGGCCAUUGAAGAGAGGAGUGAGAAGGAGGUGACCAAAGAUGAGCAGAAAACAGAAGGAGGCAAUGAGGAGUUCAGGAAUGAGCAUGUUCCCAAGGAAGGGUUGCUGCAGAUGAAGCUUCCUGAGCCCGUCAAGCUUCAGAUGUGCCACCUUCUGCAGUAUUUGUGUGACUGUCAACUCCGCCAUCGGAUUGAAGCCAUUGUCGCCUUUUCCGAUGACUUUGUGUUCAAGCUCCAAGAGAACCAGAGGUUCCGAUACAAUGAGGUGAUGCAGGCAUUAAAUAUGUCUGCAGCAUUGACUGCCAAGAAAACCAAAGAAUUCCGAUCACCUCCACAAGAGCAGAUUAACAUGUUGCUAAGCUUUAAAAAUGACAGACGUGAAUGUCCUUGCCCAGGAGAAGUACGUGAAGACCUGCUGGAUUUCCAUGAAGAUCUCAUGGCACAUUGUGGGAUUGAGUUGGAGGAAGAAGAAGCAAACAAUGAUGACACUGACUCCACGAUCAGGGGCCGUCUAAUGAAUCUGGUAGAAAAAGUGACUUACCUAAAGAAAAAGCGGAAAGAGAAUCCAAUGGAACAAGAAGUGAAGAAGUCCACCACUCUUCAGCAGUUGAUCUCUGAGACAAUGGUACGGUGGGCCCAAGAGUCAGUGAUUGAAGACCCCGAGCUUGUUCGAGCCAUGUUCGUCUUGCUGCAUCGGCAAUACGAUGGCAUUGGCGAGCUUGUUCGUGCUUUACCCAAGACCUACACAAUAAAUAAAGUGUCUGUGGAGGAUACAAUAAACUUACUUGCUUCACUGGGCCAGAUCAGAUCUCUUCUCAGUGUUAGAAUGGGUAAAGAAGAGGAAAAGCUGAUGAUCCGUGGGCUUGGGGAUAUAAUGAAUAAUAAAGUGUUUUACCAGCAUCCCAAUCUAAUGAGAGCCCUGGGGAUGCACGAGACAGUGAUGGAAGUGAUGGUGAAUGUGCUCGGAGGUGGAGAGUCUAAGGAAAUAAUCUUCCCAAAGAUGGUGGCCAACUGUUGCCGUUUCCUGUGCUACUUCUGCCGAAUCAGUCGACAAAAUCAGAAAGCAAUGUUUGACCACUUGAGCUACCUGUUGGAAAACAGCAGUGUUGGAUUAGCCUCUCCUUCCAUGCGAGGUUCUACUCCUUUGGAUGUUGCUGCAGCAUCUGUGAUGGACAACAAUGAACUUGCCCUGGCAUUGCGAGAGCCUGAUUUAGAAAAAGUUGUUCAGUAUUUGGCUGGAUGUGGCUUGCAGAGCUGUGCCAUGCUGGUUGCCAAGGGUUAUCCAGAUAUUGGGUGGAAUCCCGUCGAAGGGGAACGAUAUUUGGAUUUUCUCCGUUUUGCUGUAUUUUGUAAUGGUGAGAGUGUGGAAGAAAAUGCCAAUGAGGUUGUGAGACUGUUGAUUCGGCGCCCUGAGUGCUUUGGCCCAGCUUUGCGAGGAGAAGGUGGGGAUGGACUUCUGUCUGCCAUGGAGGAAGCCAUAAAGAUCUCUGAAGACCCAGCGAGAGAUGGCCUUUCACCAAUUGAUGAAUCUCGGAGAAGUCUAGAAAUUGAAGAAGAGGAAGAUGAUACCAUUCAUAUGGGGAAUGCUAUUAUGACCUUCUAUUCAGCUUUAAUUGAUUUAUUGGGUCGGUGUGCACCAGAGAUCCAUCUCAUAAAUGCUGGUAAAGGUGAGGCAAUACGGAUUAAAUCCAUUCUCCGGUCCUUGAUUCCUCUGGAAGACCUGGAAGGAGUUAUCAGCAUUCCCUUCCAGAUGCCAACUGUUGCUAAGGAUGGGACAGUUGUGGAACCAGACAUGUCAGCUGGAUUCUGCCCUGACCACAAGGCAGCGAUGGUUUUGUUCCUAGAAAGGGUGUAUGGGAUCGAAGAGCAGGAUUUCCUUUUACAUCUGCUGGAGGUUGGCUUUCUGCCAGAUCUCCGUGCUGCUGCCUCACUGGACACGGUUGUCUUGAGUGCGACGGAUAUGGCAUUGGCAUUGAAUCGAUACCUGUGCACUGCCGUUUUGCCCCUGUUAACGAAGUGUGCCCCUCUCUUUGCUGGCACUGAGCACCAUGCGUCCCUCAUAGAUUCCUUGCUGCACACUGUCUACAGGCUUUCUAAGGGUUGCUCCCUCACUAAAGCCCAGAGGGACGCCAUUGAGGAAUGCUUACUUGCAAUCUGUGGACAAUUACGGCCGUCCGUGAUGCAGCACUUGCUGAGGAGAUUGGUGUUCGAUGUUCCUCUGCUGAAUGAACACGCAAAGAUGCCUCUAAAACUUUUGACCAAUCAUUAUGAACGGUGCUGGAAGUAUUACUGUCUCCCUGGAGGUUGGGGGAACUUCGGCGCUGCUUCUGAGGAAGAACUUCAUUUGUCGAGGAAGUUAUUCUGGGGAAUUUUCGAUGCCCUCUCCCAGAAGAGAUACGAACCGGAGUUAUUUAAGCUGGCUUUGCCUUGCUUGAGUGCUGUUGCUGGGGCCCUGCCUCCAGACUACAUGGAAUCCAACUACGUGGCAAUGAUGGAGAAGCAGUCGUCGGUGGAUAGCGAAGGAAACUUCAAUCCCCAGCCUGUAGAUACAUCAAGUGUAACGCUUCCAGAAAAGUUGGAUUACUUCAUCAAUAAAUAUGCAGAACACAGUCACGACAAAUGGACAAUGGACAAGUUUACAAAUGGAUGGGUGUAUGGUGAAGUAAACAAUGAGGUCACCAAGGCUCAUCCUUUGCUAAAGCCAUUCAAGCUUCUGUCUGAAAAGGACAAAGAAGUGUAUCGUUGGCCAAUCAAGGAGUCCCUGAAGACAAUGGUUGCCUGGAGUUGGACAAUUGAACGAACUCGUGAAGGAGAGUCCAUGGCAUUACAUCAUAGAACACGACGGAUAUCUCAAUCAAGUCAGGUUUCUAUAGAUUCCGCAUAUGGUUACAGUCCUCGGCCUAUCGAUAUGAGUAAUGUUUCCCUUUCCAGGGACCUACAUGCGAUGGCGGAACUGCUGGCUGAAAAUUACCACAAUAUCUGGGCAAAGAAAAAGAAAAUUGAAUUGGAGGUUAAAGGAGGAGGAAACCACCCAUUGUUGGUGCCAUAUGACACACUGACAGCCAAAGAGAAAGCCAAAGAUCGGGAGAAAGCGCAGGAGAUUCUCAAAUUUCUGCAGAUCAAUGGCUAUGCAGUCUCAAGGGGUUUAAAAGACAUGGAACUGGACACACCUUCUAUCGAAAAGAGGUUUGCCUACAGCUUCCUUCAGCAACUGAUCAAAUAUGUUGACCAGGCUCAUGAGUACAUCCUGCAGUUUGAUCUUUGUUGCACAAGUAGAGGGGAAAAAUUUGUGCAUGAGCAGGAAAUCAAGUUCUUUGCUAAGGUUGUUCUUCCUUUAAUUGACCAAUAUUUUAAGAACCAUCGUCUGUACUUCCUGUCUACUGCAAGUAGUCCUCUUAGCAGUGGGGGGCAUGCAUCCAACAAAGAAAAGGAAAUGGUAACAAGCCUCUUCUGCAAACUUGGAGUGCUUGUCAGAAACAGGAUAUCACUGUUUGGGAGUGAUGCCACCUCAAUUGUAAACUGUCUUCACAUACUGGGCCAAACUUUGGAUGCCAGGACGCUAAUGAAGACCGGCCUGGAGUCUGUCAAGCUGGCUCUGCGGACGUUUUUUGAAAGUGCAGCAGAAGAUCUGGAAAAAACCAUAGAAAAUCUCAAACUGGGUCAGUUCACUCACACGAGGACGCAGCCGAAAGGAGUGACGCAGAUCAUCAAUUACACCACGGUGGCACUGCUGCCUGUCCUGUCAUCGCUGUUUGAACACAUCGGGCAACACCAGUUCGGCGAAGAUCUCAUCCUGGAUGACGUCCAAGUUUCUGGUUACCGAAUAUUAAACAGUUUAUAUGCACUGGGCACAGGAAAAAGCAUAUAUGUUGAAAGGCAGCGUCCAGCCCUUGGAGAAUGUCUGGCAGCAUUUGCUGGGGCAUUUCCUGUCGCCUUUCUGGAAACUGACUUGAAUAAGCACAAUCCAUUCUCAAGCUACAACACCAAAACACCAAAAGAUCUAGCAGCACUGAAUUUGCCAGCCAAAGUAGAAGAUAUGUAUCCCAAUAUUCCUUCCCUGGAAUGUCUGCUGGAGGAGAUAAUGGAGCUGGCGGAAUCUGGUCUACGUUACACACAGAUGCCCCAUGUGAUGGAAGUCAUUUUGCCCAUGCUGUGCAGUUACAUGUCCCACUGGUGGGAACAUGGACCAGAGAACAACCCCGAGAAAGCAGAGCUGUGUUGCACUGCCCUCACCUCUGAGCACAUGAAUACCCUCUUGGGCAACAUUCUGAAGAUUAUAUCGAACAACUUGGGCAUCGACGAAGGAGCAUGGAUGAAACGACUAGCAGUAUUCUCACUGCCGAUUAUCAGCAAAGUGAAACCACAGCUCCUGAAAACUCACUUCCUUCCCUUGAUGGAAAAGCUGAAGAAGAAGGUGGCCACAGUGGUUUUGGAAGAGGAACACCUAAAGGCUGAGGGCAGAGGAGAUAUGUCUGAAGCUGAGUUGCUAAUUCUGGAUGAGUUUACUGUGCUGGCUCGAGAUCUUUAUGCUUUCUACCCGCUGCUGAUCAGAUUUGUGGAUUAUAACCGUGCAAAAUGGCUGAAAGAACCAAAUUCUGAUGCAGAAGAGCUUUUCCGUAUGGUGGCUGAAGUUUUCAUUUACUGGGCAAAAUCUCACAACUUCAAAAGAGAAGAGCAGAACUUUGUGAUUCAGAAUGAAAUCAACAACAUGUCCUUCCUCAUCACUGACACAAAAUCCAAGAUGUCCAAGUCAACUAUAUUUCUAUUUUCACAGGGAAGUGUGUCUGAUCAAGAGAGGAAGAAAUCAAAGAGGAAAGGAGACCGCUAUUCUCUGCAAACAUCCCUCAUAGUUGCAGCGCUGAAGAGGCUACUGCCUAUUGGGUUAAACAUUUGCGUGCCUGGUGACCAGGAACUAAUCUCAUUGGCCAAAAAUAGGUUUAGCAUGAAAGACACGGAGGAUGAAGUUAGAGAAAUAAUUCGCAAUAAUCUACACCUUCAGGGAAAACUGGAAGAUCCUGCCAUUAGAUGGCAGAUGGCCCUUUACAAAGAUCUACCCAACCGGAAUGAAGACACCUCUGACCCAGAGAAAACAGUGGUGCGUGUGCUGGACAUUGCCAACGUGGUCUUCCACUUGGAACAGGUUGAGCACCCACAGAGAUCUAAAAAAGCUGUCUGGCACAAGCUGUUGUCCAAGCAACGUAAACGGGCAGUAGUGGCCUGCUUCAGGAUGGCACCGCUUUAUAACUUACCUAGGCAUCGAGCUGUCAAUCUCUUCCUCCAAGGCUAUGAGAAAUCGUGGAUUGAAACUGAGGAACAUUAUUUUGAAGAUAAGCUAAUAGAAGAUAUAGCUAAACCAGGGGGAGAGAAGCCAGUGGAAGAAGAGGAGGGGACCAAACAACUUGACCCUCUGCACCAACUCAUUCUGUUGUUCAGUCGAACGGCUUUGACAGAAAAAAGCAACCUUGAAGAAGAUUUUCUCUACAUGGCUUAUGCUGACAUUAUGGCAAAGAGUUGUCACGUAGAAGAAGAUGAGGAUGGUGAGGAAGAAGUUAAAACCUUUGAAGAGAAGGAAAUGGAGAAACAGAAGCUUCUGUAUCAACAGGCAAGACUUCAUGAUCGAGGUGCUGCUGAGAUGGUGCUGCAGAUGAUAAGUGCCAGCAAAGGUGAAAUGGGACCAAUGGUUGCAUCCACACUGAAGCUAGGUAUUGCUAUUCUGAAUGGUGGGAAUUCCACAGUUCAGCAGAAAAUGCUUGAUUGUCUCAAAGAAAAGAAAGAUGUGGGUUUCUUUCAGAGCCUGGCAGGUCUCAUGCAGUCUUGCAGUGUACUUGAUCUAAAUGCAUUUGAACGGCAGAACAAAGCAGAAGGACUUGGCAUGGUGACAGAAGAGGGAUCAGUCAUCACUCAUGAGCGCGGUGAGAAGGUGAUGCAGGAUGAUGAAUUUACGUGCGAUCUCUUUCGAUUCCUCCAGCUGCUUUGUGAAGGUCACAACUCAGAUUUCCAGAAUUACCUGCGCACCCAGACAGGCAAUAACACAACAGUCAAUAUCAUCAUUUCAACUGUGGACUAUCUCUUAAGAGUUCAGGAAUCAAUUAGUGACUUCUAUUGGUUUUAUUCUGCAAAAGACAUCAUUGAUGAACAAGGACAGCGCAAUUUCUCAAAGGCAAUUAAUGUGGCGAAGCAGGUGUUCAACACACUGACAGAAUACAUUCAGGGCCCGUGUACUGGUAAUCAGCAGAGCCUGGCACACAGCAGGCUGUGGGAUGCAGUAGUUGGCUUUCUUCACGUCUUUGCUCACAUGCAAAUGAAGUUGUCCCAGGAUUCCAGCCAGAUUGAACUACUGAAGGAGCUAAUGGAUCUUCAAAAAGAUAUGGUGGUGAUGCUGCUUUCAAUGUUAGAAGGCAAUGUUGUCAAUGGGACAAUUGGAAAACAGAUGGUGGACAUGUUGGUUGAAUCUUCGAGCAAUGUGGAAAUGAUUCUCAAAUUCUUUGACAUGUUCCUUAAGCUGAAGAACCUAACCUCAUCUGAUGCAUUCAAAGAAUACGAUCCCGAUAGCAAAGGGCUUAUCUCUAAGAGGGAUUUUCAGAAGGCCAUGGAGAGUCACAAGCACUAUACACAGUCAGAAACCGAAUUCUUGCUCUCUUGUGCGGAGACGGAUGAGAAUGAGAUGCUGGAUUAUGAGGAGUUUGUUGAACGGUUUCACGAACCUGCAAAGGACAUUGGCUUCAAUGUUGCUGUACUGCUUACUAACCUUUCUGAGCACAUGCCCCAUGAUACUCGGCUGCAGACCUUUCUGGAGUUGGCAGAGAGUGUUCUCAACUACUUCCAGCCAUUUCUAGGCCGUAUAGAGAUUAUGGGAAGUGCUAAGCGGAUUGAGAGGGUCUACUUUGAGAUCAGUGAAUCUAGUCGGACUCAGUGGGAAAAGCCUCAGGUAAAGGAGUCCAAGAGGCAAUUCAUCUUCGAUGUUGUAAAUGAAGGAGGAGAGAAAGAAAAGAUGGAACUCUUUGUCAAUUUCUGUGAAGACACCAUCUUUGAAAUGCAAUUGGCUGCACAGAUCUCAGAGUCAGAUUCUAAUGAGCGGUCAGUGUGUAAAGGAGAAACUUUAAAAGACAAAAUAGAGGAAGAAGACCCGAGAAUGGGCUUUUUCUCCAUUACAACAAUUAGAUCUGCCUUAAUGGCUCUCAGGUACAAUGUGAUGGUCCUCAUGAAGCUGCUGACAACCAAAAGCCUCAAGAAACAGUUGAAGAAAAUGAAAAAGAUGACAAUGAAAGAUAUGGCCAUGGCCCUGUUAUCCUUUUAUUGGAGUUUAUUGAUUGGGUUUUCCCAUUUUGUCUUCAGUGUUUUACGUGGGUUUUUCCGCAUCAUGUACAGCACUUUCUUGGGUGGGAGUCUUGUUGAGGGGGCGAAGAAAAUUAAAGUGACAGAACUUUUAGCGAACAUGCCCGAUCCGACACAUGAUGAGGUACGGGGUGAAAUCGGAGAGAGGGAAGGGAAAGUUCGUCAGCCGACCCUGCCCACUGAAGACCUUACUGAUCUGAGAGCUAUCACGGAGGAGAGUGAUUUCUUAUCCGAUAUUUUUGGUUUGGACUUGCGGCGUGAGGGAGGACAUUACAAACUAAUUCCACAUAACCCAAAUGCCCGCAUGAACGAUCUGAUUGGGCCACCUUCUCCUACUCUUUCACUUCCAGAACUUCAGAUUGGCUACCAGACUGAAGAAACAAAGGAAGAUGAGACAGAAGAGAAUGAAGAAUAUAAAGUUGAAGCAGAGAAAGCUGAUGGAGAGGAUGGCGAGAAGGUGGAAAAAGUUGCAGAACAGAAGCCUCGGCGAAGAAGGAGACAGCGACAUGCUGAGAAAGUCGAUGAACCCGAAGUACAAGAGUCUGCUUUCUGGAAGAAGAUUACAGCUUACCAGCAAAAGCUGCUUAAUUACUUUGCACGCAACUUCUACAAUAUGAGGAUGCUGGCAUUGUUUGUAGCCUUUGCAAUUAACUUCAUUCUCCUUUUCUAUAAGGUAUCAACGUCUCCAUCCAUAGAAGAGAAGGAAACCAUACUUGGUGUUUACAGUCAAGAAGGUGGAGGCUCUCGAUGGAGCGGCAUGGGAAAUGGACAUGGGGUCACAGUACAUUACGUUCUACAAGAAAGCAGUGGCUAUAUGGAGCCCACUCUGAGAAUUCUGGCCAUCCUACACACCGUCAUCUCCUUUUUCUGCAUCAUUGGUUAUUAUUGUUUAAAAGUUCCUCUGGUUAUUUUCAAACGGGAGAAGGAGGUUGCCAGGAAGUUGGAGUUUGAUGGAUUAUACAUCACAGAACAACCUUCAGAGGAUGACAUCAAGGGACAGUGGGAUAGAUUGGUUAUAAACACGCAAUCUUUCCCAUACAACUACUGGGACAAGUUUGUGAAGAGAAAGGUCAUGGAUAAGUAUGGAGAAUUCUAUGGUAGGGAUAGGAUCAGCGAACUGCUAGGAAUGGAAAAAGCUGCUUUAGAUUUCAGCGACGCACAAGAAAAGAAAAAGCCCAAGAAAGAGAACUCCUUCUGUACAGUACUUAACUCUAUUGAUAUCAAGUAUCAGAUCUGGAAGUUGGGAGUGGUGUUUACAGACAAUUCCUUCUUGUACCUUGCCUGGUACAUGACCAUGUCAGUUCUGGGACAUUACAACAACUUUUUCUUUGCUGCUCAUCUGCUGGAUAUUGCGAUGGGAUUUAAAACUUUGCGUACCAUCCUUUCUUCAGUGACGCAUAAUGGAAAACAGCUGGUUUUAACAGUGGGCUUGCUAGCUGUCGUGGUGUACCUGUACACCGUGGUUGCUUUUAAUUUCUUCCGGAAAUUCUACAACAAAAGUGAAGAUGGAGACACACCAGAUAUGAAGUGUGAUGAUAUGCUGACCUGUUAUAUGUUCCACAUGUAUGUGGGUGUCCGUGCUGGUGGAGGCAUCGGCGAUGAGAUUGAAGAUCCUGCUGGGGAUGAAUAUGAAAUCUAUCGAAUCAUUUUUGACAUCACCUUCUUCUUCUUUGUAAUUGUCAUCCUGCUGGCCAUCAUUCAAGGUCUAAUUAUAGAUGCCUUCGGUGAACUAAGGGACCAGCAGGAGCAAGUGAAAGAAGACAUGGAGACUAAGUGCUUCAUCUGUGGAAUUGGCAAUGACUACUUCGACACGGUGCCCCAUGGCUUUGAGACUCACACACUGCAGGAGCACAAUUUGGCAAAUUACCUAUUUUUCUUGAUGUACCUUAUUAAUAAAGAUGAAACUGAGCACACUGGACAGGAAUCCUACGUGUGGAAAAUGUAUCAAGAACGAUGCUGGGAAUUCUUUCCAGCUGGAGAUUGCUUCCGCAAGCAGUACGAAGACCAGCUCAACUAAAUAAGAACUAAGCUGGCCCACAAGCAUUAGGACAACCUACAGAUUUCCUCUUUGAAUGCUUUCAAGCCUUUCGUUGUGUAUAACCUGCUCAGUGUGCACUUGGAACACUGAAGCUAUAGCUCACUGAGUAUGCUGUCAGCACAUCUGCUUUCAAAUCGAUGUAGAGGAAAAAAAACCGUAUUGAUUUCAAACUGUGUGCCGAUACAUUUUAAGACAUUUCCUUCAUCCUGUGAGCGCAUAAGUGGAAGAUGAUAAAUUGCUCUCAUCCUAAACAUUUAUGUAUUUCUUCAUCUGGAAUGAUAUUGUAUACUUUUUUGAUGUCCAGAGCAAACUGCUUACGGACACUGGGCUGUGAUGAGGAAAUAGUGCCUUACUAUAUGUGGGUUGAGCUAUGCAAGAGGUUGUGUGCAUGACCGUGUCACACUGUAAAUCGAUCUUUUGAUGUACAUGCUUCUGUCUGACUGCCAUGCGUCUCAGGAGAAGUGCCGGACAUUCACAUAAACCUAUGUUGUUAGUAAUUUAGCUCUUUAUUUUGGUAAUGCUCUUAUGCAAUACAGCAACAGUCUGAAUAAAGGAUUCUUUCAAAGGAACAAAAAACUAAAAUUAUUCUAUUGCAUGUCUAUUAUGCAAGAACAAGAGAAAAUAAAAUGGCAAGCUGAUUAAUGUGACAGCUGUUUUUUAGGUUUAAGGUUAUUGAUUACUCUGUAGUUACAAAGUGUUGUGUACCUUAUUGUAGAUUCAGAACCAGUUCCAUCAGCCAAGAAUGCCGUGUUUAAACUCGGUUGUUGUCUCACAUAUUUCCUGCCACUUGUGGUAAAUAUAGUGAUUGAGGAAUAAAUGUCCACUCAUUAAUGACUGAAGCUGAAGCAAUAUCCAUUCAGGGAUUUCAUUGGACACCAUUGUAAAGUUAUUAUGUUUAGAAUACUUCAUUUGAUUUGUUUUAACUUGUA